GGGAUCGUGCAUACAGUCCCCCUACUAGCUACUACUACUGCAUUUCCUCAGGUGGCGCCACGAUUCCCCCUAGGUCUGGCCCUCUACCCCUCCUGCCACUUGCGAUCGUUGUCGAUGGGCUUUCUUCUCCUUGUCCAGACUGGCUGAACACCACAAGAAUAAUGUCAUGCGCCAUUGGCUGCCCGCACGUCCAGUGUGCCUCCCGCGUCGCCUCCGGCCGGGCUUCGUUGGCGUGUUGGUAGCACUCUGUCUGCUCCUGCUCUACACCCGAUCAAAUGAUCGCAGCACGUGGUCAGCAGCGGCGCCAGCGUUGCCUCAGCUCAACGACGGCCUCAACCCAGUCCAAGCUCAAGGCAGCGAGCCGGGACUCACCAUCGAGGGAGCUUUGAGCCCUCCAUCCCUGCCUCUUGCCCAGUCUCCCAUUCCCGUAAUCAUCUUUACGUACAAUCGUCCCGACUACCUCCGCCGCACUCUCGACUCGGUUCUUGCCGCUCUCCCUCCGGACCGCUCUCUUCAUCCCAUCUUCGUCAGCCAGGAUGAUUUCGGUCCGGGGACCGAACAGGUGAUUGCGUCCUACGAGGAUCAGGUCACUCACCUCAGAUUUGUUUGGGACGGCGACCGGCGGAAGAAAGUGUCAAAGAUCUACACGAAGAUUGCGCGCCACUACGAAUUCGCCUUGACCGAGGUCAUGGACCGCGUCGAGGGCCAUGAGAAAUGGGAUCGAGUGAUUAUGCUCGAAGACGACAUGCAACUCGCACCCGACUUCUUUCCCUACUUUCGCCGCAUGGCGCCCCUCUUCGACACCGAUCCGAGUCUCUACUGCGUCUCUGCGUGGAACACCAACGGUCAAGCGCCGCUUGUGGCAUCUCCUACAGCGACUUACCGCACCGAGUGCUUCCCAGGCCUGGGGUGGAUGUGGUCUCGCGCUCUCUGGAAUGAGCUGCGCGGGUGGACAUAUGCCUGGUGGGACGAAUGGCUGCGUGACCCUGUUCAGCGCAAAGGUCGCAGUUGUAUCAUCCCCGAAGUCAGUCGGGUCACUACAUUCGGCGAGCGCGGAGCUAGUAGGGGAGAGUUCUUCAGCUACUUCGAGGCCAUGCGACUGAACGACGUGAACGUGGACUGGGAGGCGGUAGACUUGGGUUACUUGCCGCAGCAGCAAUAUAACGCCUGGAUGACCGAACAGCUGCAGGCAACCGUGUCGGCGGUCGGAUGGGAGGAGGCGCGGAAGGCGAUUAGCAGGGAACUGGAUAUAGAUGGUAAGGCGGUUGAGGAUGUGAAGGAGAGGUGGAUCGGCUAUCGCGACUUGGACCAUCUGACAGCUAUGAUGGGGGAUAUUGGCCUGAUCACCAAGCACAAGGCUGGCAUGCCGAGAGCGAGUUAUCGCGGCGUUAUUCACGUCCGGCAUCGGGGAGUGAGGGUAUGGCUGGUGCCGGACAACCUCAGCCUACCAGUCGUGUGAUGUAGAGCGGCCAAAGCUAGAAGGAUAUGUAUGAUAGAUGACUAUAUGUUCGAG